AUUUUUUUUAUCAUGCCCCUCUCUACCCUCCUCCUAUGCAAUUUAAGGUCAAUCCGUUAGCUUAAAUUGACUUGCCUAGCAUAAGAUGAGUUAGUUGAGAGAAGAAAACAAGGUUAUAAACAUAGUGAGUUUUUAUUUUCAUUGUGGGGUGCUACUAGGAGCUGUAUAGAUAGAGACCUUUGCUUACUACUACCUCAUUCCUUCUUCCUUCCUUCCUUCCUUCCCUUCAUUCAUUCAUUCAUUCUCCCUUAUCUCUUCAGCCAUAUUUUCCCUUCAUCUUUGUGAACCUUAGAGAACAGAAACAAUUAAAAAGGAUUAUUGGAUGGGGAAUUGCCAAGCUGUGGAUGCUGCAGUUCUUGUGAUCCAACACCCUUGUGGGAAGAUUGAUAGGUUAUAUUGGCCAGUAACUGCAAGUGAGAUUAUGAGGAGUAACCCAGGUCACUAUGUUUCUUUGAUAAUACCAUUGCCUGUUCCUCCACCACCACACAGACAAGAACAGAAUAAUAGUGAUAAUAAUAAUAAUCAUAAUAGUAAUAAUCAGGAGCAGCAGCACCACCACAAGACUGUGAGGUUUACACGUGUUAAGCUUCUAAGGCCUAAUGAGACUCUCAAUCUUGGCCAUGCCUACAGGCUCAUCACUACUCAAGAGGUUAUGAAGGUCUUGAAAGCAAAGAAGAAUCCAAAGAGCAGAAAGCAACAGGUUGAGGCAGUUGAGAAGACGCUGGAAGAAAAGAAGAUUUCAGCUACUGAAACAGGAGGGGAGUCUGAGACAGGAAAUACAUAUCAGGCAAUGAGAGCAGAGAGACAUAGGCCUCGGACGGCGGCAUCGGUAAAUCCAGCAGCACUAAGGUCAAAAUCAUGGCGCCCCUCUUUACAAAGCAUCUCAGAAUCCGCAAGUUGAUUGGGGCUAUGUUGUGACAUGCAUAAUGUUUCACAGAAUAGAACAUAAUUCAACUGCCUCUUUGAUCUUGCAAGUUUUCCAUUUGGAUGAUUGAUAGUAAAUGAGCAUGGAAUUUCAACCAAAACUUGAAGCAGGAUUUCUAUUGCAUCACCAAUCACACCCUAAGGCCUCAACGGCAAAGGCAUGUUUCAGUGAUAGCGUAUUUGUAUAGCACUGAGAAGAGAAGCAAGGGAAAAGGGAAAAAAAAAUUGAAAAAGUAAAGAAAAGAAAAAGGAGCAAUGAUGUAUAAAUCUAUUAGAAGUGAGUAAAAGAAAAGAAAAAGGAGCAAUGAUGUAUAAAUCUAUUAGAAGUGAGUUUUGUUAUUGAUAUAGUUACAGCAUCCAGUCAUCCACAUCUUCCUUUUUGUUAUGAUUUAAUAAGCAAGUUAUACCUA